UCUCUGCUCUGGUUUUGCCUGAACAGCUGCAUCAGCCCCUUGAUCCGACGAAGAGACACCAUGUCACAUCAAACGGGCAUUCAAGCGGGCAAUGACGUGAAGGACGUCUUCGCCAGCGCCAGGAGCGGCGACCAAUACCGAGUCUUAAAGAUCGUCAUUGAUGGCGAGCAACUGACGAUGGACACCACCAGGAAAGCAUCGACGACGUGGGACCAGGAGUACGACUCCUUGGUGCUGCCCCUCCUGCAAGACGACGUGCCCUGCUAUCUUCUGUACCGGCUGGACUCCAACAACAACCAGGGCUACGAGUGGAUCUUCCUGGCCUGGUCACCGGACACUUCCAGUGUGCGACACAAAAUGUUAUACGCUGCCACCAGAGCCACAGUGAAGAAGGAGUUCGGAGGAGGGCACAUCAAGGAUGAGAUUUUCGGUACCUCAAAGGAUGAAGUGACCCUCAUCGGAUACAGGAAAUAUCUAACCUUGCAGGCUGCUCCCCUGCCCCUCACUGCUGCAGAAGAGGAACUGAGGAAGAUUAAGCUAAAUGAGGUGCAGACGGACAUCAGCGUGGACACCAAGCAGCAGACUCUGCAGGGGGUGGCCUUCCCCGUUCACAAAGACGCGGUCGCGGCGCUCGAACGUUUUCGGGACAAAAGAAUCAAUUACGUCCAACUGGAAGUCGACGCUGAACACGAGCUGAUCCGGUUGUGCAACACCGAGCCGACGGAGGUGAAAGACCUGCCGUUGAGAAUCCCUAAAGAAUCGGCACGGUACCACUUCUUCCUCUACAAGCAUUCCCACGAAGGCGACUACUUACAGUCCACAGUAUUCAUUUAUUCGAUGCCCGGGUACAACUGCAGCAUCCGAGAGAGGAUGCUGUACUCCAGCUGCAAAAACCCCUUGGUCGACAUGGUGGAGAACGAUCUGCAGCUUGAGAUCGAGAAGAAGUUGGAGAUCGACAACGGGGACGAGUUGACCGGUGACUUCCUGUACGAGGAGGUGCAUCCCAAGCAGCACGCACACAAGCAGGCCUUCGCCAAGCCCAAAGGGCCCGGGAAGAGGGGGGGCCGCCGCAUCACCCGGCCCCCCGCAGAGGAGCAAGAUUAAACGGGCCACUCCCCCCCCCCCCCCCCUCAUAUUUGACACGCUUGUUUAUUAAAAGAAUAAAACAACAACUUCAAACUCCCACAAAGUUCCCCAGAGACCCAACUAUGCACGCCAAGGACAACUGAGCAAUGUCACACUUCAGAAGUUCCAUUUGUCGCUUGCCAAAUGGAAACAUAUUCAUGUCUGUUAGCACAGUCGCAAGAAGUAAUUUACAAAUGAUUCAAAGAGUCCCAAAAAAAAGAGAAAAGGUCAUCGCUGCCAGCUUUGAGACUUUUAAAAAGUGUUAGUGUGACUAAUGUGAACGUGCGCCAAUACGAUAAAAACGAAAAUCCUCAUUUUGAGUUCACGCGCUCAAAUUCUUAACUUGCAUUCCUUAAGUCUGUGUCAAUUAAUGUUUCUGUGUCUAAUGUGUUGAACAUUUCGUCUCCCCCUGUUUGCGCGACGCGGUGCUCCAAAGCAGAACACGUAUGUAAUGAUCCCACUUGCGUCAUAUUGAUUUAACAGUGCAUUUUAUAUUGGAAAAUUGACUUCUUUUUUGAUAUAACUGGUUUACAUGAACAAAAAAAGAGAAAAAAUCAUCUGCUGAGAAACUUAUUUUUCUAUGCAAGUGCUGUAAAUGUACAUACUGUAGCCGUGUGAUGUUCUGGUGGUUGUGUGUCGGGGAGGGUCACAGUGGAAAGAACAGCCUUCCAGAGAUAUCACAUCCUUAUUUGUCAGAUUUCACAAAGAGGAAGCGACUCAAGUUUUGCUGGUUCCCAAACAAGAAGGGCGACGCAAGUGGAUAGGAAAGGGAAUACUAGAGGUACUUUGAUCAAAAUGUUGCCACAUCCACUCGUCUACUGAUUAUUAUUAUUAUUAGGCUAACUACUCAGCCCGCCUCAUAUUUGAUGGGGAAAUUGUUUCCUUUAUAUUCAUAGUGUCAUUCUAAUAGAAAAAAAUGAGUCAUGUUUGGUCUUAUUUGUUUUCUUACAAAUCUUAAUUUUAAAAAAUAAAAUAUUUAUAUCAAUCA